AUGCUACUCAAACGUCUGGCACCAUCCCUUCCACCAGAAGCAGCUUCCCUCGUCCCCCUGCUUGAACCCCAAGUCCGCACGACCGAAUCGGUCAUCCUAACACCGCGGCCCACGCUUCACGCGCUCGUGGUCGCGGCCCUCCCUGAAGCAGGUACAGGCCCCUUCGCCUCAGAGCGACGCGACGCAGCGGUCGACGCCUCUCUAGACUUGCUCUUACAACGCUGUCUCGACCGCGUACCCGUGUAUUCAGGUGAUAUUGGACCUCUAAAGCCAUGGCACGGCUUCGGCGUACUCGCCGACAUGAUGCCAUCCGAGGGAGGGGUCAUUGAGAUCGCGGGAGGGAAGGGUGUGGGCAAGAGCCUUCUCGCACUGCAUGCCGCCCUCGGUACACUCAUUGCUGAGCCAGAUGCGACGGCCCACUGGGUCGACACGGAGGGCGCGUUCAACGCCGCCCGGGCUAGGGCCGUCGUGAACGCCCUCGGCGCCGAUGAAUCCGUCCUCGACCGCUUGACUGUCGCUAGAGUGUUCAAGCUCGAACCCGAUCUCCUUGACGAACUUGCACGUGCACGAGAUGACCCCGCAACACGCGUUCUCAUCAUCGACAACAUUGCGAGUUUGUUCCGUGACGCACUCAUGGGCACUACCGCGCAGGGACACGCGGCCAUGGUCGUGACGAUGGAGGAGAUCGCAGAGCUGACCUACUUUGCGGGCCUAACGACUCUUAUCAUCAACUCGGUCGCGUCCAGUAUCCCUUCCAACCCGCUCUCUGUGUUUUCCACGACGACGGUCAAGCCUUCCCUCGGCGUCACGCUGACCUUCACUGUCGACGUCGAACUUCUCCUUCAGGACACGGGACGGGUCUUUGGACUUGCCGACGAGGGCGAACGCGAGCGCGUCGGUUCCGCACCCGGACUGCGUCUAGUCGUGGAGGUGUUGAAGAGCCGGACUUCGCCGUCUGGGUUAUGGGGUGUAGUUGAGACUGAUGGCAUCUCACUGUUCGACGUAGCGCCUCCUCCAGAAGAAGACGAGCUGACACGAUACCGGUCAGCGGGUGGUGACACUGGACGACCAGCAAUGGGCCGUUUGGGGGAGACGCUCGAACCCGCCAUUGCCCCAUUGAAGUCAUGGCACUGCUGA